AUGUCAAAUGACUUGAUUGAAGAAUUACGAUUUGAGAAGGACUCUAAUAAUAUAAUAGCAGGGCAUGAAUCUGAUAGAAAUUCAUUACCUAUUAUGAGAUAUAGAGACCAUAUAUUGUAUUCACUAGAGAUUGCAAGCACUGUAAUUGUUGUUGGGGAAACUGGGUGUGGGAAGUCUACACAGAUUCCUCAGAUUUUAUAUGAAGCUGGCUGGAAUUUUCAAGAUAAAGUUAUUGCUGUAAGUUUGCCUCGAAGAAUUGCGACAAUAUCGCUGGCAAUGAGAGUUUCUCAAGAAAUGAGGGUAAAAAAGCAAGUUUCUUAAUCUCCCCUUCGUCAAGGAGCAAAUCCCUGUUUUUUAAGUAGCGACCGACCAUCCGUAAGCCAUCAAAAAUUUUUUAUGAAAAAAUAUUUUGAUAUAUAGUACCCACCCCCCUCGUUUGUCGCAUUUUCUAGUUUUUUUUUUAACUCCCCCCCCCCCUCCGUGAGCGAACAAAAAAAUUUUGUUCGCUCACGGAGGGGGGUUAAUUUUUUUUUUUAAAAAAAAAUUUAUAUAUAAAUUUUAUAAAAAAUAUUUUUUUCGAAAUUUAAAACAAUCCUAAUUUUGCAAAAUUGGGAAGCAAAUAUUAAUUUAAUUUGCAAAAUUUAUGUUUUAAAACGCAAAUUUGUUUAAAAUUAAACAGAAUUAGCUCUAGAUUUCAUUAUACUAAUUAUCACUUAUAUAUCAAAAUUUUUUUCCAUUAAAAUUUUUUCUAUUAAAAAAAUUUUUGUUCACUCACGGAGGGUGGGUUUUUGGUCAAAAAAAUGGCGAUUUUUCUAAUGGUUUUGUUCGCUCACGGAGGGGGGGGGGGAGUAAGGGAAAAAAAAUUUUACAGGACCUCGUUUGUCGCAAUUUCUAGUUUUUUUAAUUUUUUUUGAUGUCGCAAAUCUUUAGUUUUUUAAAAAAUAGUUUCUGAUUAAUUUAAUUGAGUAAUUAUAGAGGAGUUUACCUUACAUUUGCCUGCAGAGGGUUAGCAGGCCCGAGUCCUUCCCACUUUACUCUCCCCUUUAUAGAGAAUAGAUUAAAUUCGCUUAUUAACUCCAUUCUCCUUGCGCUUCAAUGACCUGCCUUGCUCUUUCAUUUUUCACCUUAAGAAUGGAAUUUUGCACUUCCUCAAAAGAAAUUUCGUCCCAUGACUCCUGAAUGGCAGCAAUUAGUCUGGCUUUGCUGUCAGGCCUUCUUUUCUCCACUUUCCUCUUCAAAUUGGCCCAGAUCAUCUCAAUUGGAUUGAGAUCUGGGCUCUUCGGCGAUUGAGUCUUCACAUCAUCCCCGUUUUCUCUGCAAUAUUCCAUAGUCUGCCUUGCAGUAUGGGCUGUUGCCCCAUCCUGAACGAAGGUGUAGUCUCCAUCUAAAGGCUCAAUAUAGCCCUGGAGAAUGUCUCUGAUAUAGACCUGGGCAUUGAUACUUCUCCUUCUUUAUGAAGAGCAUUUUGCCAAAAACGAUAGAAAUUCCUCCCCAGAUCAUAAUUGAGGUUUUUCAAUUGAUAGGCUCUUCAAUCGUUGCGUUUAUCCCUUCUUUGCACCACGACAAAUUAGAGUUACGAAAGAGAUGCACAUAGCACUCAUCACUGAAGAUCCAUGAAGCGAUAUCUGAGUCAAUCAAAGACCUAGCCCAGGACAUUCUCUGCUCUUUAUGAGCUUCAGUUAGCUGUAGAACAACCCUCUUCUUCCUAUAGAUAUAUCCCCUCUUCUUCAGCUCUUUUCCUAGCUGUUCUUCGCUGAUGUCAACUGUCUUUCUUUUGAAUUGGGCCCUCAAACUUGCCUUGCUGACAAAGCCUGUAUCCUUCUCACAUUCCUUAAUGACCUCAGCAAAGUCUUCAUCACUUCAAUGCUUUAGGGGAGAUCUGGAUAGUGCCUCUUCUCUUCCAGCCGCUUUGUCAGAUUCACUCUCAGUAUUCUCUGCAGCAAUUCGCUCAAUAGUCCGUUUAGAAGUCCCCAAGAUUGUCGCAAGUUCUUCGUUUUUAAAGAAACCUACGUCAAUGAUCCUCUUGACUAUGCCCUCUCCAUCAUUUCCACUUGAUUUUCUUAGGAGGAGGCGAUAGUCCAUGGUCCACAAGCUUCCGCCUGAGCUCUAAAGUGUGCUCUUCAGGAUUGAACUUGUUGGUGUAGUGCCUGAUCGUCGUCAGGCUCAUGUCCUUGCCACAAGCAGCAAGACGCUCUUGGAUCUGGUUUGCAUUGAGCCUCUCUCCAUAGGCCAUGCUUUGAAUCAUUGCCGGGAUUUUUAUCGGCUGGUCCUCAAUUUCGCGCAACUCCAUUAAUUAAUAUGGAAGACUAGAAAUUAAGCUAUCAAAUAAGGAAUAGGCAUGAAGAUAGGGGAAUAAGAAUGGUGAAUGGCAAGUGGUGAGGCUUAAGCAAUGGGAGCAGGUAAUGGGAAGCAAGCUGUGGGGAUUGAGGAAUGGGAGCAAGGAUUUUGAAGGAAGAAAUGAUGAAAUUUCACUAACUGAUCCCUUGACGAAUUUUAAUUUUUAGGAAUUUAUAGAGAGAAAAAAAAAACUAGAAAAUGCGACAAGCGAGGUCCUGAACCGAUUUUUUUUUGGCUUUAAAAAAAAAACUAGAAAAUGCGACAAAUGAGGUCCUGAAAAUUUUUUUUUCUCUUAUAAAAAAAAAACUAGAAAAUGCGACAAAUGGCAAAAAACUAGAAAAUGCGACAAACGAGGGGGGGGGUACUAUAUAAGUGAUAAUUAUUAUGAAACCUCUCGCUUACUCUAUUGAAUUUUAAACAGCUUGCAUUUCAAUAUUUAAAUUUUACACUUAAAUUAAUUUUUACUUUCCGAUUUUUCAAGUUUUGAUAUUUAAUUUAAAAUUUAUAUAUACGAUCAAACAAAGUAUUUUUAUUUUACUUACGAAGGGGGAGUUAUAAGAUCAGGUUUGACGAUAAAACCUCUAAUGAUACAAAAAUCAAGUUCAUCACUGAUGGAGCCUUGAUUAGAGAAAUCAUGUGCGAUCCUCUGCUUACACAAUAUUCAGUAAUUAUGGUUGAUGAUGCGCACGAAAGAAGCAUUUAUACUGACUUACUACUUAGUUUGCUGAAAAAGUAAAAGCUAUUUAGAAUUAAAGUCAAGAGAAAAGACUUAAGAGUCAUUAUUUCAUCAGCUACCAUAGAUGCAGAAAGCUAUGCUGAGUUUUUUCAUGAUAAAGGAGAAAAUAUACAGAUUUUGUCAAUUGAAGGCAGAACAUAUCCAGUUGAUGUUUAUUAUUUAGAAGAACCAUGCGCUGAUUAUAUUAAAAAAGCUGCUGAGACAGUAAAAAAUAUCCAUGAAAGCCAGCCAAGAGGCGAUAUUUUAGUAUUUUUAACAGGCCAAGAAGAUAUCCAUUUAUUUUUGCAAAGUUUGCAAGAUACCUCAGGGCUAGAAGGCUUACCUUUAUAUUCAGGCCUUUCUACUGAAAAACAGAUGGAGGUGUUUUCUUCUCAUCAUUCUGGACGUAGAGUUAUCGCAAGUACAAAUAUAGCUGAAACUUCGAUUACUAUUGAAGGAAUUUGUUAUGUAGUUGACUGCUGUUUUGUGAAAGCAAAAAUUUAUAAUCCUGCAUCGAAUACUGAAUAUUUGAACGUCAUCCCUAUUUCAAAAGCCCAAGCUUCUCAAAGAGCGGGAAGAGCUGGAAGAAUAAGGCCUGGAAAAUGCUAUAGACUAUGCACUGAGUCUGCUUUCAUAAAUCUUCAAGAAUCCUCAGUUCCUGAAAUAUUAAGGUCGGACUUGACUUCAACUGUUCUAUUUUUGAAAUCACUGGGAAUCAGAAAUAUCCCGAAUUUCCAGUUUAUCGAUCAGCCGAAUAAAACUUCUGUCGUAAAAGCAUUGGAGGUCCUUUACAGUCUUGGAGCAAUUGACGAUUUUGGAGAACUUACGAAAACAAUAGGAUAUCAAAUUGCUGAAUUUCCGAUUGAUCCUCGAUUUUCAGUAAUGCUGCUGAAUUCAUGCAAAGAUGAAUUCCACUGUAGCCGUGAAAUGCUAGAGAUUGUUUCAAUGCUCUCUAUUCAAAACUUAUUCUCAGGAAAAGGCAUUGAAAAUGCCUUAUGAACCAAGCGUAAGCUUGGUGCCAAAGAAGGCGAUCAUAUUUGCUUAUUAAAUAUUUUCGAGAAUUUCAACAGAAUACAAAACUUUCAAGAAAGAAAACGGUUUUGCCAAGAACACAAACUUAGUAUGAGAGCCUUACAAAGGGCUUAUCAAAUAAAAGAGCAGCUUUAUAGAAUAAUGGGGAAAUUUAAAUGUAAAAUAGUCAGUUGCGAUGGGGAUGUCGAAGGAAUUUUAAGGUGUCUUGUGACUGGACUUUUUGCGAAUGCUGCGCAAAGGAAUCCAAAUGGGACAUAUAAGACAGUCAAAGGUGACCAGCUGUUUUAUUUGCACCCUACUAGCAUUUUAGGAGCUUUAAAGCCUCCAUGGGUAGUAUUUACAGAAGUAAUUCAGCAAGACAAGCCCUAUAUAUGCGAAGUCAGCGAAAUUGACGCAGACUGGCUAUCAGAGUUAGCCCCUCACUAUUUCUCCGACACCAGAGCUAUGCAAUUACAGAUCCAACACAGAAGAUUACAAAAUGUAGCACAAUAA